AUGACUUCUUACAAUCGUAAAUUAUAUUCAACCCAUUUAUCUCCUCCAGAAAUUUAUUCUUCUUUUGCUCCUUUUAUAACGGAGAACGUUUUACCAUUCUGUGAAAAAUGGUUCCAACCUCAUAAAGAUUUAAUAAAAAAUAUUGAUAAACAAAUGAGACAAGAAUGGAAACAAUAUUUUAAAAAUCAUCCAGAAGAAAAGAUGAUAAAUGAAUUAAUUAACAAAGAUAAAUUGCCGGGGUUCAAUUAUCUUAUUUACUUUGAAUGGUGUGCUAAUAAGGGAGGUUAUGAAUUCAUCCUUGGAUCAGAUUAUGGUGUGUGUGUCGCUGUCAUGACUAAGUCAUUUCAAAGACACCACAUAAUUAGUCAGAGAAAUGAAAGAAAUAGUGUUAUUCAAGAGGCUAAACAGAUAGCUAUAGAUAACUCGAUUACGAUACUUAAAGCUGCUUAUUCUGCUGAUGUUAACAUAUUUAAGUUUGACAAUGAUCAUGAAAAAAAAGUUGCCAAUCUAAUUGAAAAAUUAACCAAGACUGAUCACGAUAGUAAUAGAAGUGAAUCUGAAGAAAACUAUUAUAAAGAAAAUGAACAACACACCGUAUUUCAAGAUUGGAGUUAA